GCUCUGGGCUCGGAGGGGCUGGCCCACUCCCUGCCACAGCCUCUCAGACGCCUUUGGCCUUCUGUCCCCAGGAGAAACCCAGUGACUUGGCACUUUAAGGUCCAACUAGGACAAAUGAGACCCUCAUACAGUGACAGUGUGCAGGUGGCCAGGAUCAUCCGCCACCCCAAGUACAGCCUUGAAAAAAAAGCAGUAGGUGGGGCGGACGUGGCACUUCUCAAACUGGAGGCCUCCGUGCGACCAUCUAACCUAGUCAGAUGGAUCCGCCUCCCGCCAGCCUCCCUCUCAUUCCCCCCAGGCACACGGUGCUGGGUGACUGGCUGGGGUGACAUUGCUUUUGAAGCUCUGCGGCUCUGGCCCUACCAGCUGCAGGAGGUGAUGGUUCCCAUUGUGGGGAACGAGGUCUGUAACCAGUGCUACCAGAACUCUUCCACCAACACUGGCCAGAUCAUUAAGGAUGACAUGCUGUGCGCUGGGAGUGAGGGCCAAGACUCCUGCCAGGGUGACUCCGGGGGCCCCCUGGUGUGCAGCUGGGAAGGCAUCUGGGUCCAGGUAGGGAUCGUGAGCUGGGGAUACAGCUGUGGUCAUCGCGAUUUCCCAGGGGUGUAUGCCCGGGUGAUGAGCUACAUUUCUUGGAUCCGGAAGUAUGUCCCUCUGUGCCCUGGAUCAUAG